AUGAACACACAACAAAUUCGAGACGCUCUACGUUAUUUACCGAUUGCGACUACUGGAGUAUUUCCGGCUGAUGAAAUUCCUCGUACUUGGACAAGGCCUGCUGGAAUAAUUGUGAACACAGAUGAACACUCAAAACCUGGCGAGCACUGGGUCGCAAUGUACGUCGAUCGAAAUGGAAGCGGAUGGUACUUCGAUAGUUACGGAUUACCACCAAUCAUUCCACAACACCUCGAACGACUCCGGAGAAAUUGCAAGUUCUUCCGUUUCAACGUUAAGCAACUCCAAAGUGAUUCUUCAGACGUUUGUGGCCAAUUUUGUUUUAUUUUUUUGCACCUUAUGUCUUGUGGUUUUGGUAUGGAUAAAUUCAACAAUCUCUUCUCUGAUAAUCCCCGAAAAAAUGAUGAAAUAGUGCGUCAAUAUUAUAAAGCCUUCGCAUCCCGUCGGAUAAAUAACAGUGUUCGUAAAAAUGAUAUGAUGAGUGGUGGUGGUGGUAGUUUCACGGAUCGUAGAUUUGCUUGUACACAAAGGAGCUAUACGAUUGCGCCAGACCUGCGUGACCAAAAUAUAUUCGAUCGACAUAUGUCCGGGCUGGCUCAGGACUUGCUUGCUCAAACUUCAGGUCCAUCGUCCCAACCCAGUCUACCUCAACUAACAGGACACGAUGAAUCCGUCCAGCCGAUGAAUAAGGCGCAGACUUCAAAUGUCAAAAAUUCCGGAAUCGACGAGAAUAUCGAACAAAGGGCGGACGAGGAUCGAAACAUUUUGGAUAUGGACCCGAUGUCAAACGUGCAGUCGAACCGUGAGGUCGGCGACGACGAAGUGGAAGAUCCGAACAAUUCGAAUGAGUCCCGGGAAGAAAAACUAAUGGACGUCGACUCAGAAGGGAGCGUACCUGACGAGGUCUUACCACCCGAGGUCUUACCACCCGAGGUCGUACCUGCCGAGGUCGUACCUGACGAGGGCGCUAACAUUAUCGAUAACUUAGAGGAUCCAGUUCAACAGGCGGGACAGGCAUAUCUGUUACUCCUGAGCAGCGACUCCGCGUCCAGCGGAGAAGACGAAAUGAUUAUGGAAAUCCCGAACUAUACUGCGGAAUUGUCGCUCGGCCUAAAAGAAGAAGUCAAAAUGCUAUUUUGGAGAAACUUCAGCGACUUCAGCGUCUCACUCAUUAAAAAUGAAGAGUACGCUAGCUGGUUGGACAAAAAGCUCAGAAGAUGGAGCAGACACGCGUUUCGACUCACGGAGGAAGGCCUCGCCGUUGGAGAAUUGUGCCUGGUUUCAAAAAACGGCAUUCACAGACGAGGCCAGGUUGUCAGCAGAGACGAGGGUGGGUUUUCCUUACACCUCGUUGACAUGGGCGUUAUCAAGAAAUAUAGACGGAAUACCCUGAAGAAACGCUCAGAUGAAUUACGUGCCUGUCCACCGCUGGCUUUUCGAUGCGAAACAUCAAUUGAUGAAAAGUAUCGGAAUGCCAAUUUGCUCAGAAACGUCGGUUAUUUAACAGAAACGAAUAAAAAAUUCGUAAUCGAGACGAUAGAACACUUGCCAAACAACCGAGCCCAGGUUCGAAACGUCGGUUAUUUAACAGAAACGAAUAAAAAAUUCGUAAUCGAGACGAUAGAACACUUGCCAAACAACCGAGCCAAGGUUCGGUUAUUCCUGUACGAGACCUUCGAGGACGCGGUGGAAGAGAUGCUAGAAAUGGACAAUAGAAAAUAUUUGGAGUCGGUAGAUUUAUUUGACGAAUUCGGGCUCGUAACGCCCAAAAAAAUGGGAGAUUCCAGGAGAAGACUCCUCGAAAAGGAAGACGCUGCGACGGCUGCGCAAAAAGCAGAUGCAAAAUUUCGACUGGAGAGUGAAAUUUUGAAAAAUAUCGAGGUUGGAGGGAAAACCCACGCGGGAAAUGAAGUUACAUGUCCAGAUUGCAGUAGAUUUUCUAAAGGCCCAGCACAACACGUAAUAUCUGUGCUGCAAGACCUCAUUGAUUCUUUGAAGAAAACUGAACUGGACGAUGCUGGUGAUGCUUCUCCAGAUUUCAAAAACAAAGAGAAUUCUGAUGUUAAGGUUCCCUUACUACCUGGAUCAACCGUAUACGUGAAUGCACGGCAUCUAGAAUUAGUACGCCGAAUCAUUAAGGCCCAUAUUCCCGUGAUGAAACUACAAAAUAUGACAAGAACCGGGAAAGGAGGAACCGAAAAAAUUCCCGCUGAUUUGUUGGAGGACACAAAAGUUUACGUUAAUAAGCACGUCCCAAAGACUCUUAAAUUGAGUCAAAAAGAUUUCGAUGCGUGCAUUACUACAAUGAUAAAUACUAUGAAACAAAAUAAAAGAAAAGAAGAAAAAAUCCCCCAGAAAUCUAGACCAAUAACCGAACAAAAUGCACCACCGGCUUUAUUUGAAGAAACGUCCAUUGAGCCUGUUUCCAUUAUCAGCGAAUUGGAAAAUAUUCUGAGUACGCGACUGGAUAGAGAGCGAGCAACAAACCGGGAAAGUGAUGUGAUCCAGGAAGAAGUGGUGGACAUGAGGGAAAAAGAAAACUACAGAGAGAGAAAUUACAGUGAAGAGAGAGACGAAGAAACAACGAAUGGUAUAGUGGAAACCAUUAUAAGCGUUGAUGAGAAUAGAAAGGGAAACAAAGAUUAUAGAAAAUAUACUAGUAUUAUAAAGUGUUUUGAACGAGAUUUGAGAUCGGAGACAGCUGUUUCGGAAAACGAAGAUAUGAGAAAAGAGCAGGAUAGCAAGGGAAAUCAGGAGAAUAUCAGGAGUAGAGAUUGCAGUUUAGAGAGAGAAGAACCUGAUUUGAGAAAAAAAGAAAAUAGGAGAGAAAAAAAUCGCAAGGAGAACCGAAAUGAUAGCGAAGAAACCGAUUUUAGGUCCGAGACUGCUAGUUCGAGCGGAAAAGCGUGUAGGAGUAAGCCGGAUAGCAAGGAAAGCCAGAAUAGUAGGAGUAAAGAUUUUAGCUCUGAGAGAGAAAGAACUGAUUCACAAAAAAAGGAAAAUAGAAGAGAACAGGAUAGCAAGGAAAACCUGAAGCACAGCGACAGAAGAGAUUUAAGCUCACAAAGAGAAAGAGCUGAUUCGCGAAAAAAAGAAAAUUGGGGAGAACAGAAUCGCAGAGAGGACCGAGAUGCUACCAAAGAAAGAAACUUUAGGUCAGAGAGAGCAGGUUCGAGAAAAAAGGAGAAUAGAAGAGAACAGGAUAGCAAGGAAAACCUGAAGCAUAGCGAUAGAAGAGAUUUUAGCUUACAGAGAGAAAGAGCUGAUUCGCGACAAAAAGAAAAUAGGAGAGAACAGAAUCGCAAAGAGGACCGAGAUGCUACCAAAGAAAGAAACUUUAGGUCAGAAAGAGCCGGUUCGAGAAAAAUGGAGAAUAGAAAAGAACAGAAUCGCAAAGAGGACCGAGAUGCUACCAAAGAAAGAAACUUUAGGUCAGAGACAACUGAUUCGAGAAAAAAGGAGAAUAAAAGAGAACAGGAUAGCAAGGAAAACCUGAAGAAUAGCGAUAGAAGAGAUUUUAGCUCACAGAGAAGUAGUUUGAAAAGAAAAGAGCAGGGGAGAGCCGAAAAUGAAAAUACGAAAGAAAGGACGAGACGACGGGAGGAUGAGAGGACGAAGGACGAGCAACGAGAAGAUGAAAGGAGGAGCAACGAGACGACGAGAGGACAAGAGGACGAGGAACGAAGACGACCAGACAAGAGGACAAGAAACGAGGAACGAAGACGACCGGACGAGAGGACAAGAAACAAGAAUGAGAACCGGAGAACGAGGGCACAGAAAACAGGAGAGAGAAAGGACGGGAGAACGAGGAACGAGAUGUCAAGAGGACGAAAGGACGAGGAACGAGACGACGGGAGGACGAGCAACGAUCGAGACGAGGAGAGAACGAGAAACGAGGACGGGACGGAGGGAGGAUGGGAGGACGAAAAACGAGAACGAGGAGACGGGAUGACGAGAGCACAGAGGACAGGAGAGGGAGAGGAUGGAAGAACGGGUGCAGAUUGGGAGGACGAGGAACGAGAUGACGAGAGGAUGAGGAACGAAGAAGAAGAGAGUCGAGACAAUGACACGAGAGAACGAGAACGACCGGACGAUCGGGCGAAAAGGAACGAACGGAAGCACGAGGGGACGGUAUGA